AACAGGCAAUUCUUUUGUCUGUGUAUUAUCGAUAUUACCACGACGCUGGUUUUAUGCUGAUUGUCGCGUUUGAAGAAGAAGCAACGCGAAAGCGGCAUUUGUUCGAAUUAACUGUAGAAAAGUCAAUGUAAAAUCGAAAUUCUUCAUGUUAACAAGUAUUGUCCUGUAUUGUGAAAUAUGUCCACGAAAAGCUCUAUUCAAGUGUGCAUUAAGGUGCGUCCAUGUGAGCCGGAGCUGCCUACAUUAUGGCAAGUGAAGGACAAACGAGCCAUUCAACCAUUGGACAGCCAGGCAGAUCCCUGUGUUUUCGAUUAUGUGUACGAUCAGGGCUCCAAUAACCAAGAAGUUUUCGAUGGCAUGGCAAAACAUAUCGUCGAAGCCUGUGUGAGAGGCUUCAAUGGCACUAUUUUCGCCUACGGUCAAACAUCUUCUGGAAAAACCUAUACAAUGAUGGGAGACCAGCAGAAUCCAGGCGUAAUGGUCUUGGCUGCCAAGGAGAUCUUCAAUCAGAUCACCAAUCAUAGUGAUCGGGAUUUCUUGCUUCGUGUGGGGUACAUCGAGAUCUACAACGAAAAGAUCUAUGAUUUACUCAACAAGAAAAAUCAAGAUCUUAAAAUAUUUGAAAGCAAUGGCAUGGUGAAUGUAAAUUGCGAGGAAUGCAUUAUAACCAGCGAGGAUGACUUACUUCAGUUCCUCUGCUUGGGUAACAAAGAGCGCACUGUCGGUGAGACGAACAUGAAUGAACGUUCCAGUCGAUCGCAUGCCAUAUUUCGCAUAAUCAUUGAAUCCCGCAAAGCCGAUCGCAGUGACGACGAUGCUGUGAUUCAGAGCAUACUGAAUCUCGUGGAUCUAGCUGGCUCUGAACGAGCCGAUCAGACUGGUGCAAGGGGUGCUCGUUUAAAAGAGGGAAGUCAUAUUAACAAAAGCCUUCACUUCUUAAGCAAUGUGAUUAAAAGUCUAGCUGAGAACGAAGAUAAUAAAUAUGUUAGUUAUCGGGACUCGAAACUGACUCGCAUUCUGCAGGCUUCGCUUGGAGGCAACGCAUUCACAUCCAUAAUUUGCACCAUUCGCCCAUCAAUAAUGGAGGAAUCGCAAUCCACAUUAAAUUUUGCAAUGCGUGCGAAGAAAAUCCAUCUAAAGCCACAAUUAAAUGAAAUUGUAUCGGAUGCGACAAUGAUGAAACGCUUAGAGCGUGAGAUAAAGUUACUUAAAGAUCGCUUAGCCGAAGAGCAAGCAAAAAAUGAAAGUCAGAUUAAAGUAAGGCUCUUAGAGCAGAGAAUUAAGACCGAUACGCUCAAGAUUAUUACAAGCAAUACAAUUACUGAUCGCAAUAAAAAUCGACGACGUACAUGGUGUCCAGCGUCAUCGAAUCUGGAGGAAACGUCCACAGGCUCUCAAGUAAUCCCAGUAGCUAAUGGGUCGAAUAAACCCCAUGCCAGUAUAAAACACUCAAAUUUACCGAAGCCCAGCUUCUAUCCUACAACUAACCGUCCAACCCAAAGAUUUUUAGCCGGGUCCAAAACUAUAAACAUUAUGAAAUCCCUGGAAGUCAAAGAAGAAACUAUGUCUGUAGAACCCAACUUUGAGCAGGCAACUCAUCAGCUCACCGCAGGACACUCCAAAAUGAGUACAAUUACUCUAACUCCAGCCUUAUCUCAAAUGGGGGCAAAAGGUAGAGAAUUGCUUGAACGCGAGCUUGUGGAGCUAGAAGCCUUCACAAAAAUAGAGCAACAGAUUAAUGCAGAAUGGGACGAGCUAAAUGAAAAGAUAUCUACGGCAACAGCUCGAGUUGAUGAUCUGCAGACAGAGAGACUAAAUUUGUUGCAGCGUUCGGAAGACUUACAAGCACAAUUCGAUGAUCUGAGGAAGUCCAAGGAGGAAGCCGAUAGAAAAAUUGCAAGUUACGAAGAGCAACUUAAAACGCUAAAAGCAACCGCGGAAAGAUUGGACAUGGAGAAUCGUGCUGCCGUCGAGCUGGAGUUUGAAUUUUCAAGUCAUAAGUCAAAAUCAAAACUAAGAGAAAAUGAAUUGCUUACAGCGUUGUCGGAAAAGGACAGUGCCAUCGAAAAUCUGCAAAAGUCGCUAAAUGAUCUGUCGAGUGAGGUACUACGGAACAGCAAAGAUGAUCAUAUGCGUUCCAUUUGCCCGGCUCUGGAAACUAGCUGCGAACUGAUCUGUCGCAAAUGUGUAGAUUUAGAACGCCUAUUAGAGGAAUAUAACAAUAAGCCCAAUGACAAAAAUGGUGCUGUUGCAAUUGAUUGUGAAUGUGAACAGUUACGAGCAGAUAUCGGCAACACUCGUGCUCAGCUUGAAAGCGUUCAGAAUGCCUAUAAGCAAAUAACCAGUGAUGUAGCUGAGAAGACAGAGUUGUGCGAUCGUCUAAGCCGUAAUGUUAUCUCUGCUGAGGAGGCCAAGUUCACGCUGCAAGGAAAAUGUGAUGAUCUCGAGCAAGCGCAGCUACGUCAUGAGGAGCUUAUAAAGAUAAUGCAAGACGAAUAUGACAAGAUUCAGCAGAAGUACAACGCUUUACAACACGAUUAUGAGAUAUUGGAACGCACUGCUAGUUCUACAGAAGAAGAGCACAGGAUGUUGCAGACUGAGAAUGAAAGUUUGCAGAGGGAAAUCAGUACAUUAAAACAAUGUGUUGAGGAAAUGCAAUUGAAACUUCUAGAAACAACUGUCUCCGAUGUUCACGAAGCUCUUGUACAGCAGCUUAAGACGAGCAAUGCGGAGCUCAUGGCAAACUUGGCCAAUAUGGAAACCAAAUAUUGCGACUUGCAGGGAGAAUACGAUGAUCUUUCCAAUCAGCUUGUUGAUAGUGUGCAAGACGGUGAUAGUUUGCGAGAACAAUUCAAUGCGCUGCAGGAGACUCUGAAAAAGACGCCAUUGGAGGCAGAUCAAUUGCAUGCACACAUUGAACAACUAGAAAAAGAAGUUAAUGAAAAAAAUCAGCUUUUGGAAGCCACCGAAAGCACAAUAAAUGAGAUGCGUGAACAGAUGACAAAUCUGCAGUCUGAGUUGCUGGAGAAAUCUGUGAUAGUAAACAAAGUGGAGGACUAUCAACGUCAGAUCGAGUCGCUCGAGAAACAACAUGCCGAAAUGACGAUGGUCUGCGAAGAGCUACAGGAGAAGGUUAAAGAGACCACUAUUAACGAUAGUUUGUCCAAGAGCACAAGUACUGUUAUUGCGCCUGAUAUUGAUUUUGAGCAGGAGCAAGAAAUUGGUAUUCUCAAAGAAAGGCUCGUCCAAUUGAAUGGCGAACUCAAACAGUUGCAGACUGAAAUUAAAAAACAAUUAAUUGUGGUUCAACAAAAGGAUGAACUUAUUGAAACGAUGCAAUUGGAGAUGCAGGAGCUAAAUGAGCGUUGUUUAUCCAUGGAUGUGCAGAUAGUAGAACUUCGUUCGAAUGUUCAACAACAGCAACAACUGCUUGAUCUGCAGGCUACCAAAUUGGCAGCCGAUGCCAAUCGAAUUGAUCAGUUACAGGAAUGCAAUGCAAAGCUAACAGAGCGCAGCAUUAAAGCAGAGGAAACGCUAGAGGAACGUCUCAAUCUGGCCGCGGAUAUUGAUAGCUCGAAAGCAGAAUACGAAAAGCAUCUUCAGCAUUUGCAAUUGACACUGGACACUGUUAGGGUAGAAUUCGCUAAACAGGAGAAGAUAAAUAAGGAUGAACUUGAUAAUGCUAAUUUAGAGUUUUUGCAAAAGAUUGAGUUAAGCGAGAGCAGAUACCGAGAGAACCUCCAUAAAUACAAUACCGAAUGGGAAGAUCGUUUACAAAAACUCAAUUCCGAAGGCGAAGCUAAAUUGUUGGCUGCUAAUGCAGAAAUUGCUGCUGAAAGGGAACAAUUUAUACAAGAAAAACACGAACUGGAAUCACUCUAUGAUGAGAGCAAGAAAACCAUUGUGGAUCUGCAAGAUAAGCUAAGCUUUAUGGUGGAAGACAAUGAGAAAGUAAAAGCAUACGCAGACUUCGAAAUAUUGUCUAAUGAAAAGCUUAAAAAUCUGCAUGAAAAAUACGAAAGACAACUGAAAGAUUUCGAGCAAUUAAAACAUGAUCAUCAACUAAACUUAGACAGCUUAGAACUGGAAAAGAACGCGCUACAAGCUGUUGUGGAUGAUAACAAACAGAUCAUUCAGCGUUUGACUCAAGAACUUGAAUCUGAACAAAAUGUGCGACAAAUCGAAGCAAGCAAAUUGAACCGUGAAUUAGAGAAUGCCAUAGAAGCUAAUAGUAAAGCAAAGUCUGAGUACAGCGAACAAUUGGAAACAUACACUGAAAAAAUUUGCGAUCUCCAAGAAAAAUUGAAACAGGCGAACCUAAUGGCCAGCGACAUUGAGAAACUUAAUUUAGAACGGCAGCAAAUACAAGAAGUUUUAGCAAAGACAAAGGAGCACAAUAUGUUAUUGGAAAAGAAACAGGCGAACCUAAUGGCCAGCGUUUUAGCUAAGACAAAGGAGCACAAUAUGUUAUUGGAAAAGAAAGCAGAAGAACUUGAAAGCGCAUUGUUAUUGGCUCAGAAUGAAGUAACGACACAUAGAACGCAGUUGGAGAGCUUGCAAUCGAAACUAGAUUAUACUCAGGAUGCGAAGAAUAACUUUAGUUCCGCGGAGGCCGCAUAUACUCAAAAGCUACAUGAAUUAGAGAAAGAAAUGGCGGAGCAGGCACAUCAAUACAAUCGCAGAAUAGAGGAAUUGAUAAGUUCAGAGGCCGAACUUAAGAUCAAGAUGGAAGCAUUGCUAAAGAGAAAGCUCGAAGCUAGGGCUUCGAAUGACGAACUGGCCGCCUCGCAAGAGCUCUUGAAUCAGGAACGUGAACAGAACGCGAAUUUGCAACAAAGCAAUGAUCAGUUGAGGUCGCAGCUAAAGGCUAAGCAAACUGAGUGGGACACCCUACAUCACACGCUGCAACAGCAAGAGACGCAACUAAAUGUUAAGCAAACUGAACUCAACAUUUUGCAAAAAAGCGCAGAUGAGGCAAAUUCGCAGCUACUUACAUUGAAGCAGACUCUUCAUCAAGCUGAGUCGCAGCUUGAACUCAAACAGACCGAUUGUGAUACAUUACAGCAGUCCUUGCAAGAAGCAACGUCUCUGUUAGACAGUAAGCAAGCCGAAUUCGAUGCAGUGCAGCUGACUAUAAAGCAGAUGUCAGAGGAUAACAAAAAGGCCCAUGAUUCGUUGGAAAAAGUAGAGUCGCAACUCAAAACAAAGCAGGCCGAAUGUAAUGCAUUGAAAGAGUCCUUGCAACUUGCAAGAGUCCAAGCAACUUGUGAAUUUGAAACAAAACAUGCUGCCUUCAAUGCGUUGCAGAUGUCGUUCAAGGAUCUGCAGUGUAAGUUAGAAGCCAAACAAGCGGUUGACUGUUCGUUGCAACAAGUAGAGUCAGAACUCAAGGCGAAGCAAGCGGAAUGUAGUUCUCUGCAGCAAUCAUUGCAACAAGCAGUGUCUCAGUUACAGAAUAAGCAAGAUGCCCUCGAUGCAUUGCAGCUAACUUUAAAUAAAACGCAGCUUCAGUUAGAUUCUAAGCAAGAGGCCCAUACUGCUGUGCAGAAAGCUGAGUCACAAAUCAAAGCGAAGCAAGCGGAAUGCAAUUCUCUGCAUAAUUUCUUACAAGAAUCAAGAAGCAACUUGCAUCAAGUAGAGUCUCAACUUAAAGCAAAGCAGGCUGAAUGUAAUUCUCUGCAAGAAUCAUUGCAGAAAGCAGUGUCUCAGCUAGACUCUAAACAAGCUGCAUUAGAUUCUUCAUUGAAACAAUCAGAUUUGCAGCUCAAAGCUAAGCAGACUGACUGCGAUUCAUUGCAACAGACCAUUCAAGAACUUAAAGCCCAACUGACGGCAAGUACCACUGAACUGAACAACAAAAAUGAGGAAAUGGACCUCAGAGCUAAAGAGUUACAAAUAGAAUUUGAUAAGCUGAAAUCUAAUAAAGAUAGUUUGCAAGCUGAACGAGAACGUUUGGAUGCAACCAUUUCUAGUUUAUUGGAGGACAAACGCAAUUUGGAGGAAAAACUUUCCAGUACAAAUGAGAUUAUGCAGAAAUUGGAGAUGGAUUCAAAAAGUAAAUCAAAUUGCAGUAAUAUUUCGUUUGAUUCAACUACAUCAAAUACCUCACCAGCUCCUCGAAAGAGUUUGGAUCGGGAUCAUCAUAUACCGCGGAAAUCGAUAAUCUCUGAGUCGGAGGUGCGCAGAAAUAGGCGGAUUAGCACUCACGACGAACGACGUCAGUCAUAUUGGAAUGAUUCCCGACACGUAGCCUGUAUGACAGAUCCUGUGGAUACCAACUGUAAUUGCACGGAACUCGAUCGUAAGCUGAAAGAAUGCCAAUUCGAGCUGUUCGUAAGGGAGAGCAAAGUGACCGCACUGAGCAUUGAGUUGAAAAAUCAUCCAUUGAAAGAAGAAAAUGCUCAAUUGAAGAAGCGCCUACAGGAAGAGCAGCAAAAGUCGCGAGAUGAAAUUAAGCGAAUGAAGAGUAAGAAUUCCGAUCUUAUGAGUAAAGUUAACGCAUUCUCCGCAUCUGCUGCCAUCUCGUCUAGCGCCAAUUGCGCUGCGAUUCCACAUCAAAAGCUAACGAGUGUUGAGACUCAAACAGAGUCCGACUUAGUGGUGGAGCUGAAAAAGACAACAGAGAAAUUAAACGACUGUAUCCAGGUGUGUCGACAUCGCUACAAUCAUAUAAAGGAUCUGGAAGAGAGAUUAAAACAGAAUGAAAAUAGCGAUACUUCCAAUAUUUCUUCCCAGACAAUCGGUCAAAUUAAUUUGCUUAAGUCCAAAUUGGAGAUACAGAAAAAGGAGAUAGCUACGCUCGCCAAUAAAUAUGAAUACGCCAAAAAGGCGCUAAAAUUGCGAAAAGAUGAGAUAGAAGAAUUGCGCAAAGGCGCUGGCACAGCCGUAACAGCAGCAUGUUCUAAAUAAUAAAUUGUAUUCCUUAGUAUUACUAUGUUUAGUGAUUAUUUGUAUAGUAUUUCAACAGUUGUUUACUUGUACUCAAUAUAAUAAUAUCAACGUUAAGCGUUCUAUUUAUA